AUGAGCGCCAACACUGGUACCGACUCCACUCCGUCCUCGGAUUUCGACGUCGUCACGGCAUACCGACGAAUCCUUCGCGAUGAUGCCGAGCUCACCAUGCCCGUGGCCGCCAUAGAAGCACUGGUCGAGGCGAUUGCGCAGAGCUCCGUAUCCACCGUGGCCGAAACCCUGGCCCUGCUCGAACGCCAUACCGCCGCCCUCAAGGCCUCGAUUGCGAAUCCCAUCUCUCUGUCUGCUGGCACCGACCUCUUCCAGCGCUAUCUCAUCACCACCCUCAACCGCCCCGCCAGCCUGAACCUCGGCCCCGACGACGACUUUCGCGCAAUUCGCAACCACCUACUCUCCAAUGGCAAGCUCUUCGUCGAGCGCGCCAAGCAGAGCAGAGAAAAGAUUGCCAGCUUCGGCAAGCAUUUCAUCCGUGACGGUGCCACCGUGCUGACCAACGGCGGCUCGCGUGUCGUCGGCGCACUCCUGCGCCGUGCAGCUGAAUCGAGCACUCUUCGCUUCAAUGUCGUCUACGUCCUGCCUUCCUCUGCCUCGUCUGACUCUCACGAGGGCCACCAGAUCGUCGCCGACUUGCGCGAGCAUAACGUGCCCGUGGCCACUAUUCCAGACUCGGCCGUCGCAUACUCCCUAGGCAAAGUGGACAUGGUCAUUGUCGGGGCUGAGGGCGUGGUGGAAAAUGGUGGCAUCAUCUCGCGUCUCGGUACAUACCAGCUGGGUGUAUUGGCCAAGAGCAAAGGAAAGCCUUUUUAUGUCGUCGCAGAGAGCCACAAGUUCGUCCGCUUGUAUCCCCUCAGCCAGUUUGACCUUCCCAUCAAGCAAAAUAUACUCGAUUUCAAAACAGCCAAUGAUACUAGGAGCAAGGAAGACGGUCCGCAGAAAGAGGACGAGCAGAAGAACCCGUUCGACGAGGCCAUCGCAGACAUGACUGCCAAAAAGUCGUCUUAUGAUGGAGAGGGCCUCGAAGCACAUGAUGGAGUAGACUUCACCCCUCCCGACCUGAUCUCAGGCAUCAUCACAGAGUCUGGUGUUUUGACUCCUUCUGCAGUCUCUGAGGAGCUCAUCAAGAUAUGGUUUUGA